AUGACUACCGACGUCGAGCGCGCCUCGCAGGACCGCACAAAGGACAUCAAGCCCGCCUCGACAUACGAUGUGGCCUCCAUCAAGCCCACGGCCGUCGAGGCCACGCAUGAUCUCGACGCUGCCGAGAUCUUUCUCCGGGAGCACAACUACACGACCGACCAGAUCGAGGAGCUCCUCGCCGACGGCCCAAGGCAGCGCAGGCUCGUCCGCAAGAUCGACAUGGUCGUGCUGCCCCUGCUCGCCGUCACAUACGUCCUGCAGUACAUUGACAAGCAGGCGAUGAGCUACGCUGCCGUCUUCGACCUCUUUGAGAGCACAAACACCAACCAGACGCAGUACGGGUGGAUGGCCUCCAUCUUCUACCUGGCCUACCUCGUGUCCAACUACCCCUGGGUGGCCCUCGCGCAGCGCACCCGCAUGGGCAAGGUCGUCGCCGGCUGCGUCCUCUCCUGGGGUGGUGUCCUCAUGCUCACGGCCGUGUGUCACAACUUUCCCGGCCUCGCUGCCUGCCGCUUCUUCCUCGGCUUCUUCGAGUCGCCCAUCACCACAUGCUUCAUGAUGACCGUCGCCAUGUGGUACACUCGCUCCGAAUCUCCCUUUAGGGCCGGCAUCUUCUACUGCUGCAACGGCGUCGGAUCCAUGCUCGGCGGCAUCUUCAGCUACGGCAUCGGCCACAUUGAGGGUUUCGCCGUCUGGAAGGCCAUCUUCCUCGUCACCGGCGGCCUCACCGUCCUCUGGGGCAUCGUCCUCCUCCUCUUCUUCCCCGACAGCAUCCUGACGGCCAAGUUCUUCACCAACGAGGAGAAGGCGCUGCUCAUCGGCCGCGCGCGCCUCGCCAAGACCGGCGUGCUCAACCAGCACAUUCGCGUCUACCAGAUCCGCGAGGCCUUUUCCGACCCCCAGGUCUGGCUGCUCGUCUUCUACACCCUCCUCAACGAGACCGUCAACGGUGGUGUCGCCAACUUUGGCAAGCUCAUCGUCAAGGGCGUCGCCCGCUCCAACAUUGAGGCCACCGCGCUCGGCAUCCCCCAGGGCGCCUUCCAGGUCUUCUGGAUCCUAUCGGGCACCUACCUCGCCUCCCGGUGGAUCAGGAGGACCACCACCAUGGCCCUGUACCUCGUCCCGACCAUUGUCGGCACGUGCCUCAUGUGGAAAAUGGACAGGCAGACGGACAAUGGCAAGAUCGGCGUGCUCCUGGGCUACUACUGCGUCGGCGCCUACGUCGCCUCGCUCGUCCUCGCGCUGCAGAUGCCGUCCGUCAACCUGUCGGGCUACACCAAGCGUAUCACCGCAUCGGCCAUGGUCUUCUCCGCCUACUGCGCCGGCAACAUCAUCGGGCCCCAUGCCUUCCUCGCCGAAGAGGCGCCCCUGUACCCGACCGGCUGCAAGGUCAUCCUCGCCUGCGUCAUCGGCCAGGUGGUCGCGGCCGGUCUCCUGAGACUCCUCCUCGUCAAGAGGAACAAGGACCGCGAGGCGGCGCAGGUCGCCCUCGGCGUGGCGCUGGAUACGCAAGGCGAGGAGGCUGUCGACUUGACGGACUUUGAGAACCCUCACUUCCGCUAUGUCUAUUAG